AUGGAGGUUCCGAACCUGGAUCUUCUUACGCUUUUGUUCGAAGACGCGCCAGUAUUUUCUGAGGCCAAGUACCCUUCCCACGUCAUCACCAAGGCACACGCUCGCGAUUUGACUCGUCAAUUUGCCUACUUCCUUCGCCAUCAAUAUGGAAUCGGGAAACAUGGGCCCUCAAAAGAUGUGGUUGUCGCGAUAUCUACCGGGCAAUCUGCUCUAGGAUGCAUAUUCUAUGCUGUUCUUGCUGCAGAUGGCAUUUAUUCAGCUGCGUCACCUUCUUCCACGGUGGCAGAUCUGACAAGACAGAUUGAAGACGGACCUGGUAGGAUCAUAAUAUGUAGCGAAGAUGUGAAAGGUGUCGCUUUGAACGCUGCUCGCAAUGCUGGACUGCCUGCCAAAAAUGUCCUUGUAUUGAAAUCGCACCCAGAUAUCCAGCUGAAAAGCGCCGAUGGCACAAUUGAAUGCGAUUUUAGAGGAUCUCUGGAUUGGAGACGAAUUACUGAUCUGGAAGAGCUCGAAAAUAGCAAGGCAUGCAUUAUGUAUUCAUCAGGCACUACUGGGUUACCAAAAGAGCGCUCAACUCUCAUAGGCGUCCUCAUAUCGCAUAUGAACAUGGUUUCUGAAUGCUAUCUUCCCAGCACUCUGGGCCGUGAAGCAUGGGCAAGAAUGGGCAUUUCUUUCCCCAGAUCAACACUCGGCCAUUUGCCCGCGGCGCAUAUUGCUGGCUUACAAAGCUACUUCAUUAAUAGCGUCUAUGAAGGAGCUGUCAUUUAUUGGAUGCCAGGUUUCAACUUUGACGAUUUUGUUCGGCAUUUCGCAGAACUCAAACUGACAUUCUUCUUUUCUGUCCCACCCAUAUACAUGGCUAUUGCAAAGCAUCCAGCCGUCAAGGACCAAUUCAAGAGCGUCGAGUAUGCUACUUCUGCUGCGGCGCCGAUGAGCUAUGAGCUACAAGAGUCGGCUAGCAAAAAGCUCAAAGGCGUCGUUUAUCAAGUCUGGGGAUUAAGUGAAACAACAGGUGCUGUAACUUAUACCCUACCAGAUCGAACUGAUACUAUGGGGAGCUUGAGUCCAUUGUUACCAAAUGUUAGCCUAAGACUUGUGGAUGAGAAUGAUAAAGAUGUCGAUGUGGGACAACCAGGCGAAGCAUUACUAAAAGGCCCGAUGGUCACCAAAGGUUAUCACAACAAUCCAGAGGCUAAUAGUUCAUCUUUUACCACCGACGGGUGGUUUCGGACUGGCGAUAUUCUCAAAAUGGAAGGAGACAAGCUGUACAUGGUAGACAGGAAGAAGGAAUUGAUCAAAUACAAGGGGCUUCAAGUUGCCCCAGCCGAACUUGAGGGCGUGCUUACAUCGCAUCCAUCCGUUGCUGACGCUGCAGUAAUUGGUACUCAUCGAGAAGACACGGAAGUGCCUACAGCAUAUGUUGCACUUGUGCCUGCAGCGAAAGGAAAAGUGUCUGAGGUCGAGCUUAUUGACUAUGUCCAAAGCAAAGUCUCGGAUUAUAAGCGCCUAAGGGGCGGCUUAAUCUUCAUUGAUGCCAUUCCUAGGAGUCCCACAGGCAAGAUCCUGAGAAAAGACCUGAGAGCAUCAUAUAGCCGCCAGACGAAGUCGAAAAUCUAA